AUGAAAGGAGGCAAGCUUUUUGUCUUCGGAGUCUCUGGAAUACUUGUCGUAGGUGUAGUUAUUGGUCUUAUUGCCGGGGUAGUCCACCACAACUCAUCAAAUGAUGAUGACAGCGACGUGCUGUCCACAACUUCAAAGGCCGUUGCUUCUAUUUGUUCCCAAACCGAUUAUAAGCGGGCAUGUGUUAAUAGCCUUGAUGCUGUUGCCAAUAACCAAAGCGCCACCCCUAAGGACUUCAUCGAGGCUGCCAUUCAGGUCACCAUCCAAGAGGUGAAAGCUGCAGUAGAAAAAACUGGGACAAUUGGGAAAGCAGCCAAUGAUCCUCUGCAAAAAAUGGCUGUUGAGGAUUGCAAGGAUUUGUUUGCAAUUUGCCAUAGACGAGCUCCAAGCCUCCUUUUCAAUGGUGGUGCUGUCAUUUCAUACCAACAAUCGUGUAUUGACGGUUUCACUCAACCUGAACUCAAGAGUGCAAUAUCAGAUGGCCUUCUUAAUGCCACUCAACUUACAGACAAUGCCUUGGCCAUUGUUUCCGCCAUUUCUCAAAUUUUAAGUGCAUUCAACAUUCCAGUGAAUACGACUGCAAGUUCUCGGAGACUUCUUGAUACAUCUGAAGUUGACAACGAUGGUUACCCUGCAUGGUUUUCGGCUGCAGACAGGAAACUAUUAGUGACCAACAAUGGUCAAGUGAACCCUAAUGCAGUGGUCGCAAAGGAUGGUAGUGGACAUUAUAAAACCAUUGCUGCAGCUCUUGCUGCUUAUCCAAGAACCUGA